AUCGUGGUCUUCAAGAAUACAUCAAGGACGCAAGCCCAAAUGAUUCUCUGCGGAAUCACUGGAUCGAAUCCACCCGACAGUGGCAGAUCAGGUCCUUAUCCCACAGAUCCGAGCGCGUCUCGAAAGAACGCAAGAGGCAUUGGUAACGAUAUUGCCGGCACACAAGCUGAAGAUCCUCGACGAGGUGGCCUGGUCGGUCUUGAGCAGUACCUUGCAUGGGAGCCUAGAUCGUGAGAAUAGCUCUAUAGCCCCCAAUUCCGAUACAAGCAAGUCCAAAUGCGCGAAACCAGUAGCAGCCAUCAUACUAGCAUUCAACCUAACGCAUAUCGCACCGUGGAGUUUUACCGAAAGCUCGUUUGAGCAGGCCUUUGGGCUGAUCA